AUCCACCAUUCUAAGCUCUUUCUCUCUGCAAAUCUCCCAUCAUUUCCAUAGCCUUCUUCUUCUUGUCAUUUCCCCUAAAUCCUUUUUGUUCGAUCUUUUGUAUUUUACCACUUCAUAAAGUAGUCACAAAACAACAUAGAUACACAUACAAUAGAGAUGGAUGCUGAAAAGAAGAGUGCUCAUUUUCGCCAAAUCUCAACUUAUAAACCACAACUACUUGUUCUCUCCUCAAUCCAAGAACAACCUUCUUCAAAAAUCUCAGACAAACCCAAUAUCAAAGCUGAUAAUGACGCCGAGAUUGGAGUUUUCGGAGCAGAAAAAUACUUCAGCAUGAAGCUAGAUCCUGUUGAUUCCUCUGCGGAUAUCACCAAGCAACACGAAAAGGAAAACACACAGGAUCAUCCUCAUCCUCAUCCUCAUCCCCAAUUGACGAAAACGACGUCGUCUAGAUCAAGAACAAGCCGACACGGAACGCCAAGUGUAAGAUCCGAGUCAAGUUACAACAGUCAAACCUUUCUCAUGAGGAUUAACAACAAUGAGAAUAAGCAACGGAAAACGAACGAGACAAGCGUCUCUUUUGGUGGGUUUAGAUGUUACGGUCCCUGCUCUGGGGUCAAAACCGUCCAUACCGACCCAAAAAUCUCCUGUAAAAGUAGAAAUUCCGAUCGGGAUUUUGUUGCUUACGACGCAAGAAAGCACAACGACAAACCAAGACUCCAUUUAGAAGCCAAGAAAGCGGAUUAUAAUGAGCCAGAGAAGAUCCCAUUACCUAUUCAAAGGUCCGAUAUCGCCAUGAACCUCGAGAGAAAGCUCUCUCUGCUUACAUGGGACGCAAUACCAAACCAACUCUCUACCAAAAACAACAAUCACAACAAUGGUAAUAACUCUUCAAUGAGCAGCAACACGCAAGAGGAAGAGACAGCAAGUGUAGCGAGUUCUGAUUUGUUCGAGAUUGAGAACAUAACGAGCAGUGUCUAUGAGCCGAGUGAGGCCAGCAUUGGAUGGAGUGUGGUAACGGGAAGUAUGGCAGAUCAAUCGGUGAUUUCGGAUUUCGAUAUGAUGAAGAGGGUCACGAGAAGUGGUCCGGCGGUUAGAACCAAACCGGUGAUUGGUGAGAAAGUCCGGUCGGCUGGGUUUUUGUCGGGUUGUAAGAGUCACAAAGCUGUCUCGGUUGUUGAUAGUUCUAGAAAAGCGAAAGAAACAGCCAAGGGUUUCAUCAGAAGUGAAUUGAAAAUGGUGGCAGACAAGAGCAAGAAGGCUAAAACCGAAGAAGAAAACGUCGAGCAAAUCGAUAGAGAGCUUGUCCUCUCAAUUGAAAAGCUUCAAGAGAUCCAAGACGACCUCGAGAAGAUAAACGAAAAGGCUAGUGAUGAAGUGUUGGAAGUGGAGCAGAAAUAUAAUGUGAUAAGGAAACCUGUUUAUGACAAGCGUAACGAGAUUAUCAAAUCCAUCCCUGAUUUCUGGUUAACUGCUUUCUUGAGUCACCCUGCUCUAGGUGAACUUUUGACAGAAGAAGACCAAAAGAUUUUCAAAUUUCUUAGCUCUCUUGAUGUUGAGGAUGCCAAAGAUGUGAAAUCUGGAUACUCUAUCACUUUUUACUUCAAUCCCAAUCCAUUUUUUGAAGAUGGAAAACUAACAAAGACUUUUACCUUUCUCGAAGAAGGGACAACAAAAAUUACAGCCACGCCUAUCAAAUGGAAAGAGGGCAAAGGCUUGUCAAAUGGAGUGAAUCACGAGAAGAAUGGAAACAAACGUGCAUUACCUGAAGAGAGCUUCUUUACCUGGUUUCGUGAUGCUCAACACAAGGAGGAUGUUGAGGAUGAGAUGCAAGACGAGCAGGUUGCGGAUAUCAUCAAGGAAGAUUUGUGGCCCAACCCUCUCAACUACUUCAACAAUGAGGCUGAUGAAGAGGACUUUGAUGGAGACGAAGAUGGAGAUGAAGAGGGAAAAGAAGGUGAUUCUGAUGAAGAUGAUGACGAAGAAGACGGAGAUGGUGAGGAAUGAUGGGAGGGUUCCCCAGAAACCACAUUUGCUUACAUGUCUUCUAUAACAGAGUGUGUAAAGUUUUGUGUGUUGUUGAAAGGUUUUUAAUUUUAAGCAAAAGUGGAUUAUGACGACAACAGACGAGCUUUUUUAUUUUACCGUAAUAGUUACAUCUUGUUGAAACCAUUUUCAGCCUUUUGUUGCAAAAUCCUGCUUAAAUGGUUUUAUGAGUCUUACAUAGCUUCAUCUUUUGUCUUAUUUUGUUACUUCAUAUCUGUUGUGUCUGUGUGACCUCACUGAAUAGAGAAUUCGUAUGUCAAUGGUGAAAAUGAGGGCUCUUUGUGAGAAUAUAGCGAUAUGUGAAUUUUUCCCUUUGUUCGUGAUCUGCUUGCCAGAUGAAUGAGUUUAUUUUCGUCUGGUAGGUAGACAUGACUCUGUUUUCUUUUAUCAAGAUUUUUGAGAAUCUCAUUGGAUCUUUUAUUGUUUGGUCUAUACUUUUUUGUUUUUGAUGUGCCUAAUGAAAUGAUUACCAACUC